GUUUUUCCUGAAAUCUUUAAACCCUUGUGCAAAGAAGUUCUAUCCACAAUCCAGAUCCACCCUGUGCAGGUGCUGGAGGACAAGUCCACAGGCAAAUACCUGCCUUCUAAAUCCUCACCUGUGACAGCAAUCCCACUGCACCUGUCCUGUGAGGAAGUGGAGAGAGAGGAAUGGGGAAACCCCUGCUGAGGGUAAAUACACAAAUGGGCAUCUGGCUACAAAGCUUUUUAGAACAUAUAUUUCUUCCCCACUACAAAGCUCAGCUUCAAAGGUGGGAGCUGUUUUUUUUUUCUUGAAAGCAUCUCUCUAUUGAACCGCAUUUUAAAUACCCCCUGCAAAGCCUGUUCAUGACGGGCACUAAAGAAUUUGUUGCCUAGCAAUGGCAACCCUAAACUUUUCAUUCUCACAGUCUUGCUAAUAAAUGUAUUAAGCUAGAAAUAUUGUUGAGUACCCUACCUAAAUCAAGGUAAUAAGGCACCAGGUAGGGGAGGAUACCUCUCAAAGUACCUUACUAAGGUUUUGGGUAAUUAAUGACAAAUAAGUGACUUUAUUAGCCCUGUUAACGUUGUUUGUGGGCAAACAACAUGCCCCUCUACCCCACUUCCUGCCCAUCAGAAGAAGAAUAUUCCAGGGGAGCUGAUGGGGGUCAAAUAGCAAUUCCCCAUGGUUCACAGGUGAGCCUAGGCUUGAUGUCAAAUUUAACUUAAAAAAUAAAGCUGCCAAUACACGGCUUAAUAAUUUAUAAAGUAGCUCUUUGACUUUUGGUCAAAUGUUUUAUUGCUACUUAAGCAGCUUUGCUGCCAACAAAAUAUAUAGCAGUGUUGGGAAGAGAAACCAGGUUAGUUACUGUAAGUGAGUUGCCAUAUGUAAAAAUGCCAAACUUAGAUGACAUUCUAGAGCAUAUUGGGGAAUUUGACUUGUUCCAGAAACAAGUCUCUCUUGUCUUAUGCUUCGUGUCUGCAGCCUUCGCCCCUAUUUACGUGGGUGUCGUUUUCCUGGGGUUCACUCCCAAACACCGCUGUCUCAGCCCUGGAGUUGCUGAGUUGAGCAGCCGAUGUGGCUGGAGUUUAGAAGAGGAGCUGAAUUACACCGUUCCAGAGCAGGAGAGACAUGGGGAGUCUUUCUCUAGUCAGUGCAGGAGAUACAACGUGGACUGGAACACAACUGGCCUCGGCUGCGUAAACCCCUUAGAAAACUUCACUGUUUAUGGCAACAGAAGCAGUAUCCCGCUCACGCCCUGUCAAGAUGGCUGGGUUUACAGUUCUUCAGGAUCAUCCAUUGUGACUGAGUUUAACCUGGUAUGUGAGGACUCCUGGAAGGUGGAUCUCUUUCAGUCCUGUGUGAAUGCUGGCUUUUUUUUGGGAUCGGUAUACAUCGGCUACAUAGCAGACAGAUUUGGCCGUAAACUUUGCCUUGUAGUGACAAUCCUUGUAAGUGCUAUCUCUGGAGUUCUUGUGGCCUUUGCACCAAGCUACCUUUGGAUGGUGAUCUUUCGCUUCCUACAGGGACUGGUCAGCAAGGGUAGCUGGACAGCAGGCUACAUCCUGAUCACAGAAGUUGUUGGCCCAAGCCAUAGGAAGACUGUGGGAAUUCUCUAUCAAGUAGCCUUUACAGUUGGACUCCUCUUCCUUGAUGGUGUUGCUUAUGCUAUUCCACACUGGAGAUGGCUGCAGCUUGCUGUUACUCUACCGUGCUUCCUCCUCUUGUUCUAUUACUGGUGUCUGCCUGAGUCUCCAAGGUGGCUGAUAUCUCAGAAGCAGAAUGACAAGGCCAUGAAGAUUGUGAACUAUAUUGCCAAAAAGAAUGGGAAAAAGCUGCCUGCCCGUUUUCAGAAUAUUAACCUUGAAGAGGAAGGUGGGGAAAAGCUGAGUCCUUCAUUCAUGGACCUUGUCAGGACACCUCAGAUGCGGAAACACACAUUCAUUUUGAUGUACAACUGGUUGACCAGUGCUCUUCUGUACCAGGGGCUCAUCAUGCACAUGGCAAUGGCUGGUGGGGACAUGUAUCUGGAUUUCUUCUAUUCUGCCCUUGUUGAAUUUCCAGCUGCCAUCAUUAUCAUUCUCACAAUCAAUCACAUUGGCCGUCGCUAUCCUUGGGCUGUGGCAAAUUUGGUGGCAGGCGCUGCCUGUCUCAUUAUGGCUUUAAUCCCCGAAGAUAUUCACUGGCUAAAAGUGACUGUAGGUUGCGUUGGGAGAAUGGGAAUUACAAUGUCUAUUGAAAUGGUUUGUUUUGUAAACACUGAACUGUACCCAACGUUUUUGAGGAACCUUGGUGUAAUGGUCUGUUCUUCCUUGUGUGAUGUUGGUGGGAUACUAGCCCCAUUCAUUGUCUACAGGCUGUCAGAGAUCUGGCACGAGCUGCCACUUAUAGUUUUUGCUGUGGUUGGUUUAAUUGCUGGUGGAUUGGUGGUGUUGCUGCCUGAAACCAAAGGGAAAAUAUUACCUGAGACUAUUGAAGAUGUAGAAAACUUGCAUAGGCAAGAAAAUCCUUGGGAGAAAAUUAUCUACCUCCAUGUGCAAACACAGGAAGUUGCACACUAGGGUGACUAGACAGCAAAUGUGAAAAGUUGGCACAGGGGUGGGGGGUAAUAGGAGCCUAUAUAAGAAAAAGACCCAAAAAUCGGGACUAUCCCUAUAAAAUCGGGACAUCUGGUCACCCUAUUGCACACUCCAAAUGUGAUCUGUCUUUGGCACAAUAAUACAAAAAGAGUUUGUAAAUAACACACACUGUAGAACCUUGCUUCCUUUUAUGCACCUCUAAUCCCUGGUUCCACAUACUUAAGAUUUUUUUCUGCUUCAUUGUCCAAAAGGCACAGCAAGCUACCAAGUACCUUCUUCCCUCUUACCAUAUUAUGGUGUAUUUACAUUUUAGGACAGUAGUUUGGAAUUUGGUUGCUAAUCACAUAGACUACACACAUCUGUUCAGAUACUUGCACUGCCAUCAUCCCUGUAGUAUCUGAAUAUUUAUUAAUACAGAGAUUACUUUAGGGUAUUUCUACGCUGCAAUGAAACCACAGGGUUAGUAGAACUUGAGUCAGCUGACCCAUGUUAGAGAACUCUGGGCUUGAAUGUCAACACUGGUUGAUUAUUAAUCCUACAUUAAGAUUUUUCUGGGGUUGAACCUGGGCUCUGGCAUGAACACUGCAGCACGCUGACCCAAGUCAAACAACCAUAUCCCAAAGUCCCUAGCGCCCUCCUGAAAUGUGGCCACUCUCGUCCUUUGCCUAUGAUGCACUGUGGGCAAACUUUACUGCCUACCCUGCAUGCUACAGAAAGUUUAAACAGCUCAUCAACGCAGCCAGCCCAGCAGUCGUUUUGAUCUUUGUGCUCCUAGCUACUGGAGUCAGCAAGAUGGAGGAGGUGGCUUUUGACAAGCUUCUCCUUUUGCCUUCGUUCCUGUGUCAGGAAACGGGCAGAGCUUCCGUGAGGUGCUAGUGGAUAUUUCAGUGGUGUUUUCUGACCCACUAAAGGUACCUGAUGGAUUUCAUGAUGGAGCAGGAGCAGGCAGAGGAAGAAAAGUACCCUGGCUUGGCAGACCUGCAGUGGCAAAUGCUCCUCAGUACAAUCAGCAUAGCUACGUAUACUGGUGCUUUUGAGACAGGGCCACAAGCACAGCCUAGUGGGAUCACAUCUUUAUGCAGACCUGGAAUGACCAGCAGUAGGUCUGGCUUGCUCCUACCCUCCAGUGUAGAUGAGGGCACCCUUGCUGGUCCAGAAGCAGGUUGCUAUAAUCAUCUGGAAGCUGGCUACCCCAGACUGCUGCAGGUCUGUUGCCAACCAGUUUGGUGUUGGAAAGAUGACUGAGUAAAGUGCCUCAGAAACCAUCACCACCAAUCAGGUGUGUGGUUUGCUCCAAGGUGGCAGGUACUAAAGAUAAUCCUGAGGUAACUGCUGGCUUUGAGAGAAUGGAGAUUUCUAACUGCACUGAGGCCAUUGACUAACCACUAUCCAAGGCCCCCACAACUCCAGUCCAGUUUAGAUUUCUGGUCUCAACUCUCACUACAUCCCUUUGGAAGCCCCCAUUCAUUUCCUCUUCCCAUUCUAGUCCCCCUGUUGGUCACUCCUUAUUCAUAGUUUUUCCUUCUCAUUCCAUCUGCACAGCAACUGCCUUCUCCAUAAGACCGAUAGUCACUAGAAGUGAAUCAUUCAGACCCCUCUCCAGUGUGUCCCAUCAUCACAGUGUCUGUCUUAGAUUCCAAGCACUUUGGGGGCAGGGAUGGUUUUCGUUUUGAAUCUUGUAGAGAGCCAAGCACACUGCUGGCACUAAACAAUUAAUAACAAUCCAGGUGAGAAGAGCUUGCAGCUGUGCCUGAAGAUUCCUGCUAAACUCCUUCUGGGCCUGAUGGAAUUUGUGGUGUAACCUUGUCCCAGAGGAGUUGGCAAUCGAUGCAGUACAAUGAGCUUGUUCUUGGUUUAGAUUUGACUGAACUGCAAUUAAUUUUGAGUUAUGAGUCCAUCCAGGAGAUACCAUGCCACCAACCUAACAAACCUUGUAACCCAGAAGUUUUCUAGUUUAUUAAUGAGCACAGAAGUUUUCUAGUUUAUCUAAUGAGUAUACGUAGAAAAGCUGUGUGCAGCAAACAAAAUGGAAAAGACACGCAAUGAGGACAGUUGAGUCUGAGAGGAAUAAAUCACUGAUUGCGAAGACCAAAUGUAGAAAUUCUGUCCUGUAUUUGAAUGUCUGUAACUACAGUUGUGUUGUAAUAAAAGCUGCAUAGUA